AGUUACUGUGUCAUUCCUGGUGAUUCUCAAAUACAAUAUUUUUAAUUACUUAAAAUAUAUUUUCUAUUAAAAUGAAACUUCUUUGAGAUAUUAUUACUGUCACCGAUUAUCCUGAUUCGUAGAUACAUUUUUGUUAAUAGGGAUAUUGUGACAUCAAGUUUUGCCCAUUGUUCGACAUAAUUGAAGUAGUCGAGUAAUGUCAAAGGCGGCAAUUGAGAAUUCGUAUCAUUGUAAGUACAAGUUCUGUACAAAAUAUCUGAAACAAAAUGUAAAGUAAUAUUUUUAAUAUGCUUGGUGAAAGUAGUACUGGAGACUACAAAAUAAGGAUAUGCACACAUAAUGAUUUAACAUAACAAUAUUCCUUGGAAAUGUUAAAUGCAAUCUAUAACCUCUAUAGUACUGUAAUCAAACAUGAGAAAUACCUAUAAUGUAAAUCUUUUAAUAUGUCAAAUUUUUCCAUAAAGUUAUUGAAUAUUGUAACAUUCAAUUUCAAUAAACCAGCGCAGUAUUUCUUAUUCGUAAGACACAAUAGCUCUAAUAACGUCAUGAAAGUCCUUAACGUCGCAGAGAAAAAUGAUGCCGCGAAAAAUAUCGCAGGUUAUUUGUCACGUGGAAACUCCAGGCGGAGAGAAGGUCUGUCACCAUACAAUAAAAUUUACGAAUUUACUUCCAACUUAUGGAAUCAAAACUGUGAUAUGAUUAUGACAUCUGUGUCUGGUCAUUUGUUGAAUAAUGAAUUUGUUGGAGUAUAUCGUAAAUGGCAAAGUUGUCAUCCACUAAGUUUAUUUGAUGCACCUGUAGCAAAACAAUGUUCGGACGAGACUUAUAUUAAAAUUAAAAGAACUUUAGAAAAAGAAAUAAUGAAAUGCACUGCAUUAAUUAUUUGGACAGAUUGCGAUCGUGAAGGAGAAAAUAUUGGGUUUGAAAUUAUUCAAGUCUGCCAAGCAGCUAAACCCAAUAUACGUGUAUAUAGAGCAAAGUUUUCUGAAAUCACGCAGACAUCUGUAAAUAGAGCACUCCAAAAUUUAUGUGAACCAGACAAAGCAGUCAGUGAUGCUGUCGAUGUACGGAGUGAAUUGGAUCUAAGAAUAGGUGCUGCAUUUACUAGAUUUCAAACAAUGAGACUUCAGAAAAUAUUUCCUAGGACUCUUGGUGAUAUGCUUAUCAGUUAUGGUAGCUGUCAGUUUCCAACAUUAGGAUUUGUAGUUGAGAGAUUUUUAGCCAUUGAAAAAUUUAAGCCAGAACCCUAUUGGAAAAUAAAAGUUACGGAUAUUCGUGAUCAAAUUUCAGUAGAAUUUAAAUGGGCAAGGGGCAGGUUAUUUGAAAAGUUGCCUUGUGAAGUUUUACUGGACACAUGCUUAGAACAACCUAAUGCCACUGUACAAAAAAUUACAAGUAAACCCAAGAGUAAGUGGAGACCACUACCAUUGGAUACAGUUGAACUGGAAAAACAAGGAUCUCGUAAACUCCAUUUGAGUGCCAAGCAAACAAUGAAAAUCGCAGAAAAAUUAUAUACUCAAGGUCUUAUUAGCUAUCCACGUACAGAGACAAAUAUAUUUCCAAAAGAGUUAAAUCUUGUUCCUUUAGUAAAUCAGCAAGUAAAUAAUUCAGCUUGGGGUGGCUUUGCGCAGCGAUUACUAGAAGGAAGAUUAAAUCCUAGACAAGGAAAAAAGAGUGAUCAAGCGCAUCCUCCUAUACAUCCGAUAAAAUAUACCGACAGUUUACAAGGCAAUGAGGAGAAAGUUUAUGAAUUCGUCGUUCGACACUUUUUGGCUUGUGUAUCGAAGGAUGCAUUAGGACAAGAAACAACAGUGGAGAUUGAUAUAGCUGGAGAGAAGUUUAUUGCUAAUGGCUUGCAAAUUAUUGAACGAAACUAUUUAGAUGUGUAUAUAUAUGAAAAGUGGAGCGACAAAGAAAUCCAUACGUACCAAGAAGGACAGAUCUUUCAACCUACCAGUAUAGACAUGGUCCAGGAACAAACGACUCCACCGCGAUUAUUAACUGAAGCCGAUUUGAUUAGUUUGAUGGACAAAUUCGGUAUUGGUACUGAUGCUACGCAUGCCGAACAUAUAGAUACAAUAAAGUCACGUCAAUACAUAGGUAUAACGGAUGGGAAAUAUUUAAUGCCUGGAAAACUUGGGAUUGGAUUAGUAAUGGGAUAUGACAACAUGGGAUUUCAUAUGUCGAAACCAGAUUUAAGAGCCGAUCUAGAAAAAGAUCUUAAACUAAUUUGUGAACGACAAAAAGAUCCAAAGGGCGUAUUACAAACUCAGAUAAAUAAAUAUCGUGAUGUCUUUAAAACAUCAUUGGAACGUGCUAAUUUAAUUGACAAUGCUUUGUCUAAUUAUCUCGACGAACAACCAGGCCAAGCCGAAGAAAUGCAAAUUAAUAAUUUACCCGAAGAAAUUGCAAUUUUCAAGUGUCCUAAAUGCAAUUUAAAUAUGACGCUUAAAACGAGAAAACAAGGCUCGGGAAAAUAUAUUGGUUGUAUGGGAUUUCCAACGUGUAAUAACGCAAUAUGGUUCCCCGACACUGUAGAAUCCAUUGAAGUAUUAGAUGAAGUUUGCUCGGAAUGUGCAGGAAAUAUGCGUAAACUGAAGUUCAAGUUAACUCAGAAUGCUUUUCCAUUUUAUGGUACCAGUUACACAACUUGCAUCGGCGGGUGUGAUCCUUCAUUUAAUGAAUUACUAAGUAUUAAAACUGAAAAUCUUAAAUGUGUUAGACCAACAAAUGAUAGUGGUUAUAACAGUAUAUUCAACGGAUCACGAUCGACUGUUGUUUCAAAUUCAGCUUCAGUAAGAAACAGUGGAUCUCAACAAUCUCGUGUUAGAAACGCGACAAAUUUAUCAGGAAAUAACACGUCUAUAGGGCUUGUUAGAACUCAGAACAGUAAUCAACGCGAUGCAAAUAGAUCAAGAAAGAAUAACAGAAAUGUUAAAAAACAGAAUGAAUCGAAAGAUAGUGAUACGUGGAUCGACACAAGAAAUUUCAGAUCCUCCAGCAACGAGUCCAGACAACCAAGAGUAGAACAAACUAACGCAUGGGGUGAGAUCGAUAGCAAUGCUGUUAUUGUAUGUAGAUGUAAUGAAAAUGCGAUUCAGUUAACCGUGAGAAAAGAAGGGCCGAAUCAAGGAAGAGCAUUUUAUAAAUGUGCCAAACUUCAAGGUACUGAUUGUAAUUUCUUUCUGUGGGCAUCGGACAAUGUACAACAAACGGAAAAUAGUGCGGAUAGAAAUAGAAAUAGAAAUUAUAUGCCAAGUGCAAAUACUAGCCCUAGGCCAAGCACCUCUAAUACAUGGCGACAAGGGGAUAUGUCUGAACCAUCUAAUGUUAAAUGUCAUUGCAAUCAAUUGGCGAAAGAGCGAACCGUUCAGAAAGAAGGUCCUAAUAAAGGACGGCCAUUUUAUUCGUGUCCAAAGCCAAUGAACGAAUCUUGCAAAUUCUUUCAAUGGGCAGAUGAAAAUGUUGAAAAUCAUAAUGAAUCUUUUGGGAACAGAAGUAAUAAUCGAUCUAGAAACAAAGGAUCUAAUAAUGUACAAAGAAAACCUCGAGCUACCGGUGGUAAAAGAAAAUGCGGACUUUGUGGAGUGGAAGGACAUACAAGAAAAACUUGUCCUGAAAAUGCAAUGGAUUAAUAAAAAUAGUAAUACAAUUUAUCAAUAGUAACUGUACAUAUCUAGAAUGGUGUCAAAAAUAUGAAUUUGUUAUGUUCCCUGUGAUUAGCUGUUAUUAAUUUUCUAUGAUCAAUAUGUGCCUUAAAACAAUAUAUCUUGUACAUACAAAUACAUAUAAGUAUGUUUGUAUUUAUUUAUUAACAAUAAGUUAAUUAAAGGUAGUUCUCUUUUUAAUGCAAUCAACUUCUUUUUAAUUUAUUUAAUUCAUCUCUCUGUGAAUUAAAUUCUGCUGUUGCUUGCGUCAACUGAAAAGAACGAGGAAAAUAAUAAAUAAAGCUGUAAUAUUAAAUACGUUACACAUGUUCUAUGCUUCUAACAAAAUACUGGAAAUACUACCAUGUCGAGAAGCA